CACAGGGUGCAAAGGCCCUGGGCUUCUGCCCUGGGUGACAGGGACCCCCUGGGAGGGGCUGAGCAGGAGGGAGGUGAGGGGGUGGGAGGCGCUGGCUGCUGUGCGGAGCUCGGCCUGCAGGGGGCAGCAGCGGGAUCAGGGACUCAGAGCACAGGGCCUGCCUUCCUCAGAGGGUGGUCUGGGGGCAGGCACCUGGCUGGGGCAGGGAAGUGUGGGCAGGUGGAGGGCUUCUGAGCAGGUUGGCACAGGAGAGCCUGGUGCUCCCUGCUGGUGAGGAAUAAGGUACGUCCAUUACGGCUCCAUGUUUCCUGGCUGACUUCCAUGGUGGGAUCCAAGGUGAAGAGACACCCAAGGGGACAUUUGCGGAGGAGGCUCUGGGGUCCCCAGUGAUGGUGGUGGUGACAGGGCCGGGCCUGGGGAGGCAGCCUCUCCAUGUGGCAUUCUCCUCCCCCUUCCAGGUGGUCACUGCUCCCCAGGCCCUGCUGGCCUCUCUCUGUGCACAGCAGGUCAGGAUGGUGAGGUGCCUGGUCCCCCGUCUGCCUGCCCUCGCUGUCUGCCUCACCCUGGUCCAGCUGCUCAGCCCCUGCUCAGCUGACUUUGCUGUGGUUGGACCCACUGACCCCAUCCGGGCCAUGGUGGGUGGAGACGCUGACCUGCCCUGUCACCUGUCCCCGAAGAGGAGCGCUGAGAGCAUGGACUUGAAGUGGGAGCGACCCAGCCGCAGGCAGGUGGUGCUCACGUACACACACGGGCAGGAGGACACGCCGGCAGAGGAGUAUCGAGGGAGAACUUCGGUUUUAAGAGAGAACGUCACUGCGGGGACGGCUGCUCUGCGGAUUCGCAACGUCACAGCCUCAGACAACGGGACCUACGUGUGUUACUUCCAAGACGGAGAUUUCUAUGCAAAGGCCCAGGUGGAGCUGCAGGUGGCAGGUCCCUUCUUCAGGAACGCAGAGCCUCAGAUGGCAUUUAUCACCCCAGUCCUGAUUGGUAUCCUGCUCCUGUUGGGAGUGUUGUGCUUGGGAGUGUCGUGCUUGGUGUGGCGACGGCCGCAGGUGAUCCGGGCCUCGUCCCAGGAGGAGGGGAGAGAGCAGGAGCUGCAGCGGGUGGAAAGCGCCCAAGAGACGCUGCAGGACGAGCUCAGUAAGUGCCCAUCCCCGUCCCUGGGCAUCCUGGGGCCCCUGGUGACAAGGUCACUGACUCUGUACAUUGUUCCCUGCAGGGUGGACAAACAGCAGGUACCGAGCACAUGAGUGCCCCGGACCCGCAUCUCAGCCUCUGUUCUCGCCACGAGCAGGAUCUACUUCGAAUUAGGGCAGGAGGUUCCCAAAAGUCACUGUAGGAUGUUCAUGAGGUUGGCCAGACUGGAGGAGAACAACAUCGUCAUUUGUGAGCACGAGAACCCAGGGAACCUGCCGGAGCAGCACCACGGGAUGCUGCUGUGCUGGCAGAGCAGCUGGGGCGUGCGGCGACCCCCCUCCAGGCUCACGGCGGCCCCUCUGUGAGAUGCGGCUGCGGGAAUGUCUGGGAAACAGCAUAAACAAGCUGGCUGCGGAGGAUAUCUCAGGGAGUGAGGACACAGAGUCCCGAACUAGUCAGCCUUUUUGGCAACGGCUGUGACUUAGUGGCAUCCUGGGGUCUGGCCUCCCCCAGGUCCCUUCCUGUGGGCGCCUUCACAGAUCCCAGAUGGGACGGAGCCCCUCUGUGUCCAAGUAGGUUCUACCGGAAGCUUCUGCUGGGGGGCCCUCUGCCCGCGGCCCAUGUGGCCCACGGGCUGCUCCUCUGGGGGCUCCGGGGGCCUGAGCUGCUCAGGGAGGACCCGCUGGGUGUACUCAGUGGGCCCACAAGCCAUGGCCUCCUCUCGAACACAGGGCAGGAGGGCUGGCUGGUCAUCUGUGUGACCCCAGUAGCUCACUCCUUGUUCUCCCAGGCACUGCGAUGUGCCCAGGCUUCCACUUGGGAGUGUCAUACCUGGGUGACACUUAUAAGUCAGUCCAUGACAGACAAACCAGCGGCCACUCUCAGUUGUCACUAGGUCAGCUGGGGCAGGGCAUGGGGACAGUUAUUGUCACAUGCCAGCUAUAGAGUCCUUUGUACAGUUCUUUAAGUGGUUAAUUAUAUGUUUUUACUAACUUUCCUUAUCUAUUAAGAUUUAUAUCUUAAAUAGUAUUUUCACAUGCUUUUAUACUUUUU